ACUAUUAAUUAGCCAAAUAAGUGUAAAAGCUAUAAAAAUGGCAAAGACCCUCAAUUCCAUCUUCUUCACCUCUCUUCUGCUCGUUGUCUUGUUCAUAUCGGCCGAAAUCCCCAAGAGCGAGGCGUCAUGUACGAAGUUUUUAGGCGAAGCCAUAGUGCCGUACCCAUGUAAAGAGAGCGUUUGUGAAGCUCAAUGCGCGGAGCAUUACCACGAGUCAUGUAGAGGAGAGUGUGAGGAUCAUGACCAUGGAGUGCAUUUGACAAAUGACCAUGAAGAGCAUUGCCACUGCUAUGGUCAUUAUUAAACUAUCAAAGUUUACGAAUAAACUCGUAUCGAAUUAAAAAUUAAGAAUGUGCGUGGUUUAUUCGAUUUAAGUUUCUGUCUGAGUUGUUUACUUUUUAAUAAAAUAGUACGUAGGACGAAGCUAAUGACUGCUUCCCUCUACGUCUAUUGUAAGUUCAUG